AAUAAUAAUAAUAAUAAUAGUAAUAGUAAUAAUGAUGUAUUUAGGUGAGGUCUCCCUAAUAAAGAGAAUAGAAGUGACCGGAGGACCGUUAAUUCAAGGCUGAUUUCAUCACGGAUGGAUUGUUUCUUUCGGGUUUUUACCGGAUAAAAACGUCUUUCUCCCGUUUUCUGUUACAAUCCACCGGAUCAAUACAUUCUGCGGUAUCAAUCCUAUUGAGUCAGUUUCUCCUCCAUCAGCCUCACGAGCUGGUGGAGACCCCGCGUGAAUGAUCUCCUCCACGGGGAGAGGAACUCUCAUGCCGGCCGUAAAUUAUCCACUUAACCCCUGAAGAGAGAGACGGUGCGUGAGAGUUCUUAGCUUUAUCUUGAAAUCAGAGUUUAAGUAGAUUAACCUUUAAAAUCAUCCUAAAAGCUUCAUUAUACAACAAUAAAUGUCAACAAGAACAUUAGAGUAACUAAAACAGACCCUAACAAACUGAACCAUGACUUAAAUUGCGUGAAUAUGUUUGACAAACAUGCAUAUUUAAAUGCUUUUUAAUAGAAAUGCAUCACACACUAAUAAUAAUAACUGGUUGAUCUGGAUGUAAUUUAAAGAACAAAAGUCCUGAGUCUCCACCGGACUCUGAAACUGAAGUGUAAUCAUAAUAAUCGUAGAGAUCCUAGUGGUGCUUCCUGGCUCCUAAUGCUGACCUGAAGUGUCCCACUGUAUCAUAAUAAUAAUCCCAUAAUAGUCCGAUAGGGGUUCAGUUCUGCUUUGCUGCAGUUCUGCAAGAGCUUUAACUCAGAACAAAUUAACUUCAUAACAACCUGGAGACAACCUGCUGCUCCUGAAGAUCUUUGUACAAGUGGAUCAAAUGGACAUUUCUGAAGCUCAAAAUGAAAAAUGUCCAUCGUUCAAAAGUGAUUUUAAUGCAGAAUCUGUAGCAAAGUGUGACUUCGGCUCGUCUCCAGCACAUAGGGUCGUGACGAAGCUUCACUCCUGUUCUCACUCUUCUCUCCGUCGUGGUUUAGAGUUCAGCCUCCCUGUGAAACCUAUGGAUGCUACGCUCACUGUAAAGCCACAUCCCUCAGCCUCCUCUAGAACUUGAAAUCGAGCCAUGCAGCAUUGAUUUCCCCCCCCCCCCCCUCCCUCACCGCAAAACCAAAACGCACACGACCGUCUCAUCUUUUCUGGUUUGUCAGUUUUGUUGCCUGAAAUGUAAGACGUGCCGCAGUGUUGAUAUUCUACCUGGAGCCAAAGCUGAAGGACGUUCCUAACAGAGUUCAGGGCUUCAGAGGUUUCACUGCUGCUGGAGCUUCAGCUGCACGCUUCAGGACGCUUCAGGACGCUUCAGGACGCUUCAGGACGCUUCAGGACGCUUCAGGACGCUUCAGGACGCUUCAGGACGCUUCAGGACGCUUCAGGACGCUUCUGGACGAUCAAAACGCUUGAACGUCUCUUCUUCACUUCGUCUGCGAACUGACCUGAGCAUAAAUGAAUGUUCUUCUGAAUCCAAACCUGUUUCUGACCCUGAAGCUUGAGGACGUUUCUUCGCUGUUGGACUGACACUUUUAGCUAAAUGGGACUAAACGACAGCAGCCCGGGUGCCAUGCGGAAUGGCCGCGGCCUGUCGGACCAGUGGGCAGAGACAGUGGUGGUCCGGCCUCGAACCACUGAGCGCCACAUCACGGUGCACAAGCGUCUGGUGCUGGGUUUCGCUCUCUCCAUCCUCACCCUCAUCAUCGUCACGGCGGUGGCCGUGGUGCUCAGCGUGCGCUUCGAGGAGUGCGGCGGACGAGAUCGCGAGGGAGCGACGGGGGAGUCGGGCUCCCGAGGCUCCGGAGGGUCCGCAAAGCUGAACGGCAGCAGAGGGGAGAGGGGGGAUGAGGAGGGGGUCCAGCCCUGGAGGAACUUGAGGCUGCCGGGCUCGGUGAGGCCGCGGCACUACGACCUGCGGCUCGUCGUCUACAUGGACAACUUCACCUUCUCCGGCGAGGUCAGCAUCGAGCUGGAGUGCAUCAACGCCACCCGAUUCAUCGUGCUGCACACCGACCGCCUUGAGGUGGACCGGGUAUCCGUCUCAGCAGAGGGCGGCGGCGGUCGUCCCGCCAACAGACCCGGGGGUGGAGUCAUGCGCAUCCACCGCCACUUCCACCACCCAGCCAGUCAGAUGUACGUGGUGGUUCUGCACCGCGAGCUGAAGCCCAUGAGAGUUUACCGGCUCAACAUGAGCUUUGACGCCGCCAUCGAGGACGAGCUGCUCGGCUUCUUCAGGAGCUCGUACAUCAUGCAGAGAGAGAAACGGUACUUGGCGGUGACGCAGUUCAGUCCGAUCCACGCCCGGAAGGCCUUCCCCUGCUUCGACGAGCCCAUCUACAAGGCCACGUUCUCCCUCACGCUCCGCCACGACCCUCAGUACACCUCGCUCUCCAACAUGCCCGUGGAGAGCAGCUCGCUGUCAGACGAGGACAGCUGGCUGACCAACCGCUUCGCCCGCACGCCGCGCAUGUCCACGUACUACCUGGCCUGGGCCGUGUGCAACUUCACCUACAGAGAGACGCAGACCGACAGCGGCGUGACGAUCCGUCUGUACGCUCGGCCGGAUGCCAUUUCCAGCGGAGCCGGGGACUACGCUCUGCACAUCACCAAGAGGCUUCUGGGAUUUUACCAGGACUACUUUAAAGUUCAGUACUCACUGCCCAAGCUAGGAAGCUUCAACGGUUCUGCGGUGUGGAGAGUUAAAGAGGCCGCUCCAUGUGUCACAGCUCAGUGUGGGGGGACCCAGCAGGGACUACAUCUCCCAGCAUUCCUCGGUUUGCUCAGUGAUCCACCAGCAGUUGAUGGAAUAAGAUGUUUUUGUUGCUGAGGAGUCAGACUCUCACUCGGUGGAGUCACCAGAGGAAAACACUGAUUCUGAGCCAAACACAAGUCCCAAAUCCCCAAAUGCCCUCCCAGCUAAGUGUUUUGAAGU